GAUCCUGUCCAUUGCAACUUUAGAAGCCAAAGAUGUUGCAACUUGUCCCCGGCAGAAAAAGAGAAAUGCAGAGGAAACAUUCACCAUCACUAUAGUAUAAAUACAUGAGAUAGAAAUAUAUGAUAGGGCAUAUGUGGUUAGGAAAGUCAUGAUGAACACAGCAGACACCAAUGGGGUAGUAAUGAUAAUCUGCUGUGAGAUGAAUCACAGGUUGGAUGUUCACCUCUGUUCUAUAAACCAAACCCUGCUGUCUGUCUGGAGGUCAUGUGACUGGGAAAGGAGGUGGAGAUGAUUGGGAGGAGAAGAGCAGAAAGCUAAGGUGAGACCACCUCCACUGCUCAAGUCCUACUUUUACUCUCCAGGCAACACCUUAUACCUGCACUGAGGCACACGCAGCAGCUCUAACAACCAACUGGACUGAUAGAUCAAGUGAUUUUAUCAUCACUCUUUUAAUUUCUUUUUUUACUCUGGACGUUGGGAUGCAUUUCACCAUUCAACCAGCAUCCCUGUAGGAGUCAACCUGGCCCUUUUUACUGGACUGCCACUUAAGAUUGGACCCUUAAUAGCUUGGACAUGUUUGGCUCAGGGAAACUGGUCUCUACUCUCCUGCCAGCAGUUUUCCAUUCACCCGCAGCUCACUUUUUCCCAGCAUUCCCAACCAGACUGGGCUCUCAACCGCAGAUUCUGAUCCCAGGGCCCUUCAUCAGCUACGAAUCCUUGAGGAGUUACCUGCAGCCGGAGCCAUGCAAGGAGGUUUUGCUCCUGGCCACACAGCCGGCCGUGAUGGGGCCUCUCACGGAGGGCAUAGAUGAACAGAGGCCAGUGAAGCAGCGUCGCGCACGGGCCAACUACAGCAGCUGGCAGCUGGAGGAGCUGGAGAAGGCCUUCGAGACCACCCACUACCCGGACAUUUUCAUGAGGGAAGCCCUGGCCCUCAGACUGGACCUCAUUGAGGCCAGAGUACAGGUUUGGUUUCAAAACCGUCGUGCCAAGAUGAGGCGGCAGCUGAAACUCCAGGGCCAGCUUGUUGCGGGGCCUUACGUGAAAACAGACAACGAGGAAACACCUGAGACAGUGAGCAGGGGUUUAAAACAGCAGUCAGAGAGUUCUGACAGCGAGCCCUGGGAGAAACGACAGGAAGGAGAAAAUUACCCAUGGACCAAAGCUGCGAGUGCCGCGCUGAGCGUACGCACGCAGCCUGUGACCCAGAGGUCCGGGAAGUGGGAGAGGCCGGAGGGGCCGAGCUCAGAGGAGCUCCGCUCCUGCAGCAUCGCCAAACUGAGGGCCAAAGCCAGAGAGCAUGAGGCCGAGAUCCACAGCACUGUAAACAUAUCAGGAAGCGACACACAGUCGCAAACACAGGAAGCUGAUGCCAUGCUCAAUGAUUGAUUAUUUUCCUUCUUCCCGGUUGUACAGAUUAUCAUAACCAAAAAUAAAAAAUUUUUUUUUAAAGAACAGCAUAUACUAUCGCUAUGCCGGAACAUACUUUUUGAACCUUUUUAGAAUGAGGAUUUACUUAGCCAUCAUUAAUUAAAUAUUUCUUACGAUAUAAAAUGUUUCUAUAAAAUUAUGAACAAGUGGUCAUCUUGUCGCUAUUCUAAAUUUAGCCUUCAUGGUACAUUCCAGCUAAUAUCUUCGGGACAUUUUAUUUAAAUAGAACUUUUAAAGUUCUUUUGAAGUUUGGGUGGUGAACAUGUAUCAA